AUGGGCGUAAAACUCUACCACUACACUACACUCGCAAACGGGUUGUUAAUCUUACAUGAUGGAAAAUUACGAGCCAAGAAGGCCACGCAAGGGACCGGUGUUUAUUUGACCCAGGUACCGCCUAACUGGCCAACAGAACGUAUACUGUUCAACAAUUACGACGAUGGUAAAACACGUAUGGAGGCCGAGAUGGCAAAGGGCAAGGCUGACAUGGUGUUUGUGUUUGACUCGGAUGUGAUCGGCGCCACACAGAAUGAUACCCGUGACGACCGUAAUGAAUGGAUGACCCAUGGUGAUGUUGAUAUUUAUAAAUGCGACAAUUUUUACGUUAGAUAG